CGAAUUGUAUUGCAUUUUCCAUUUUAAAUACUACAGAAAGUAUUUACUUGAAAGAAAAUGGAUUGGAUUCAACUUGUUUCUAUAUCACUCUUCUUUAUUUUUCUGACUGUAUUUCUUUUGAAAACGAACAGUUCCUGGAAUAACAACUCCCCAAAUCUUCCACCAAGACCAAGAAUUUUACCCUUUCUUGGAAAUCUCCUCAUUAUGGAUAUGAAAAGACCACACAGAACAAUGCUAAAGUUGUCAAAAGUAUAUGGCUCAGUCUUCAGGAUUCAACUGGGAUUCCAGAAAAUUGUGGUAUUGGCUGGAUACAAAACAGUGAAGGAAGCUCUUGUGAAUCACGCUGAUGCAUUUGCAGAGAGGCCAAAUAUCCAGCUUUCUGAUGAAAUACAUGAGGGCUUUGGUAUCCUUUUUUCUCAUGGGGAGAAUUGGAAAGUGAUGCGCCGCUUUACCAUAUCUGCAUUACGGGACUAUGGAAUGGGCAAGAGGACUAUAGAGGAUAAAAUAACUGAAGAGUGCAGGGUCCUGAUAAAAACAUUUGAAUCUUAUGAAGGACAACCAUUUGAGAAUACAGCACUUAUGAAUUCCGCUGUGGGCAACAUCAUAGUGUCCAUUGUACUUGGCAAGCGAUAUCAGUAUGAAGACCCCACAUUUCAAAGACUAAUAAAGUUAGUCAAUGAAAAUGUCCAGCUUGCAGGAAGCCCUCCUGUCUUGUUCUAUAAUAUGUUCCCCCUGUUUGGCUUUCUUUCUGGUGCUCGUAAGAUACUUCUGAAUAACAAAAAGGAAUUGUUUGGUUUCAUAAAGACCACUUUCAUAGAACACCUCAAAGUUCUGGAUGAAAAUGACCAGAGGAGCUUUAUUGAUUCAUUUCUUGUCCGACAGGCAGAGGAGAAGAAAAACAAAGCAGAAGGAUAUUUUCAUAAUGAAAACCUAACUGCGGUUGUGAAUAACCUAUUUGCUGCUGGGAUGGACACGACUUCAACCACAUUACGCUGGGCCAUACUACUAAUGAUGAAAUAUCCUGACAUUCAGAACAAGGUCUCUGAAGAAAUUUCAAGAAUCAUUGGGUCUGCUCAGCCAAGGACUGAACAUCGAGCAAAGAUGCCUUAUACUGAUGCAGUUAUCCAUGAAGUCCAAAGGUUUGCUGAUAUUGUUCCAGCAAAUGUAGCACGAGCAACUACAGUGGAUAUAACUUUCAAAGGCUUUUUCAUUCCAAAGGGCACGCACAUUGUUCCCUUGCUGACUUCUGUGCUCCAUGAUGAAUCCCAGUGGGAGAAACCUCAUGAAUUCUACCCUGAGCAUUUUCUUGACUCGGAAGGAAAAUUUGUGAAGAGGGAUGCAUUCAUGCCAUUUUCUGCAGGUCGGAGAAUCUGCUUAGGUGAGACCCUUGCCAAAAUGGAGCUCUUUCUGUUCUUUACCAGCCUGCUACAGAAAUUCACUUUCCAGACACCCCCUGGAAUAUCAAAAGAAGACCUGGACUUGACACCAGCAAUUGGGUUUACAGCUCCUCCUAUGCCAUAUAAGUUGUGUGCUCUGCCUCGUUCAUAACAUGAAUCAUCAUUUAGAUUCUAGAUUCCUGUACUUCCAUAUGUGUAUUUGUGAUGUUUUUCAAUCUUCUCUACCCACCAGUCUCUUGGUGGAAAUAUGCUAUGAUUAUUCAUACAUUUUAAAGCUUACAUGCCGCUUU